UUUCUAAUUUUACCAGCGGGAGGGCAGGGCGUUGGAGAAGGCUGCCCAGUCUGCUUUGCGGCUCCGGGAACACUCUGUUGCCUGUGGUCCCGCUCGCAGCCCGGCCCGUGGACGUCCCUCUAAGGUACCUCCUCCAAGAAGCCCCAACAACCACCAAAAUCUCCUGAGCUAACGGAAUUAAACUGCUGAUUUCGACGGGCAAAUCACCAGCAAAAUGACGUUCUGGCAGGAGAACUACGGCUUCGUGAAGGAUGUGUACGACUUCCGCCUUCAGAAGUACCAGGAAUGGAUGGAUAACUUGGAAGGGAUCGUACACAAGGUGAUGGCUCCGAACGUCCAGUACACCUACAAGGAGUUCAAGAAUAUCCAGGACAGUCUGGCCUCCCUGUGCCGUGACUUGGAGAAGGAGGGCAUGAAGGAAUGGCUCGACAUGAUGCUGGAGAAGGUAGCCAUGCGGGUCUCCGCAGACGAGACGACUGUGAGCUCCAAGGACAAGGAGUUCAAGGCCAUUGAGAAGAAGAAGCUGCAGGCUCUCAUCGACCGACACGACAAGCUGAUGCCCUCGACUCAGGAGACUCAGGCGAAGGUCGACGUGUAUGCCCGCUGUUAUGCUUACGGUGACGACAUCAGUCCCUGCCUUAAGACCUUGGAGGAGAUGCGCCACUUGUCCUGCAAGGAGAUUCACCCCCACAACAUGAAUAUGGUUGACGAGCAGAUCGAGAAGGUUGAGAAGGUCAUCAACACAAUCGACGGUCAGAAGGACACCUACGAGGAGCUGCUCAAGCGAGGCAGGAAGCUCCUGCAGAACCCUAACUGCGCUCCGUUCCUCAAUGACCUUAUUGACAAAAUGGAAAACACCUGGAACAAGGCCAACGAACUCUCCAAGGAGAGACACAGCAUGCUUGUUAACUCUGCCAAGGACUGGGAGAAGUACGAUGAACUCCGAAAUGCCAUCAACGACCCAAUAGAGAAGCUGGAGGCCGAGCUGAAACGCUACAGGAAGUUCUUCGACCCCGUGAUGGGGGCCCGCAAGCUGGCGCAGAAGCGGACCACAUGGGAGGAACAGAAGAAGAUCGCCGACGACAUGAUGGAGAACAUUAAGAAAUGCUACAACACCAUCAUCGUCUUGGCUGGUGACGACAAGAAAGAUUUCCUCGACAAGGAGGUUGCAGAAGUCGAGGAGAAGAGAUCCGUCAUCGAGAAGUGCAACGCUAAGCUGAACAAACUCGUUGAAUACAACGAUGCCUUGACCAAGGCCGUGAACCAGGCCAAGCAGCUUAACGACUGGGCUGUCCCUACCAACUCCAAGCUGAAGGAGAUCACCACUGAUCCUGAGAUGAGCCCCGAGGACCGCGUCAAGGAGAUCCUCAUUCUCCAGGAGCAAGCUCAGGAGAGGCUGCCCCAGAUCGAGCCACUCAACACCACCUACAAGUCUCUGUUGACAGAGGAAGAUCUCGAGAAAUCUGAGACAGCCAAGAAGACCCUCGCCGACUGGAAUGAUACCAGGCAGUUCGUCACAGAGGUGUGCGAAGAGGUAGAGAAGGAGGCUGGUUCCAUCUCACAGGACCAGCGGUUCUACGCCGACUACCUCUGCGGCGUGAAGGAGUUCAAGCCCUGGCUCGAGUCUUCUGAGGCCAAGCUGAAGGAGCCUCUUCCCAAACCCACUUCCUUGGAGGAUGCCCUCGCGUUGCUGGAUAACAUCAAGGAGUUCGACGGUCUUUUCGCCCAGGAGAAGGAGAAGCUGGAUGCUGCUGGCAAGGCCCGAGAGAACAUGGAGAAGGCUAGCAGCACCGAGAACGAGGUCGAGCCCCUGGCCACCCGUUGGACCUCCGCCAAGAAGACCAUCGAGGAGCGAGUAGAGAAGAUCCAAACUCUCGUAAAGACUUGGGAAGACUUGAAAGUCACUACUGAUGACCUGACGGUGAAGAUGAGCGAAGUCACUGCUAAGGAAGAGCCCAACCUUGAGGAGGUAGAGAAGGUCUUCGGAACUAUGAAAGGACUCUUUGCCAAGAAGAAAGAGCUACUUGGAGCUAUUUAAACCCACUUUUUUUUCAAGGGAAAAAAUAAGUGAAGAAAAAUUAUAUUGUCUUUGAAUUGCAGUUAGCAUUCAAAGCAUAUGUUUCAUUGCCCAUAAUUAUGUGAUCUGUUUUCAAAGCUGGUUUGAAGAUGUUCAAUAGAAGAUAACAGAUGUGUUAAGGUUUCAUUCACUCUGUAUGUGCUAUAUAAGGAUGUUGAGAGUAUUAUUAAGUCAUAAAUAUUGCCCGAAAAUUUAUAUUCAACUGUAUGUCAAAGUUGGUAAGGUGAGUCUAGCGUGAAUGGUGUCUUGUGUUUACAUAUUGGAGGAGUCUCCCUUCGCUGUCCGUUUCCACUCAAUACAUGUCCCUUCGUAAGUUCUAAAUAUUUUAAUCCAAAUCCUUCUUAUGACAUUAUAUUAUAUUAUUCUCUAGAAGAGUAUAUUUAUACUUCCUGAUGGCUAAGUAACGCAGUUUAUCCCAUUUAUAUAUAUACAUAUAUAUAUAUAUAUAUAUAUAUAUAUAUAUAUAUAUAUAUAUAUAUAUAUAUAUAUAUAUAUCAUAUAUAUAUAUAUUCAUCAUCAUGAAUGAAACAUCAGAGCAACAUGGUCCGAGACGUUUCAGAAAAGUAAUAUUAGUAAUGGUUCUUGAACACACAUUUAUUUUAGUCCCUUUGGUUAUUAAACAUAAUAUAUAUUGGAUGAGUUUGAGAUACAUUCUUGCCACUGAGAACCCAGGAAGCUCCCUAGUGCUAUCAACGCAUCAUGCAAUAAACAUCAGAAAUGUAA